GUGAGAGCUUCCUGGCUUUGAUGGCAUUGAUUCAUGAAAGCACGAGGGGCCAACAUGCUGUGCUACGAGCUGCUUUCAAGGUGUUUGAGAAAGAGGCCGAGGGAUAUAUCGAGUGGAAUACCCUGAAGUAUGUGUUGAUGAAUGUAGGAGAACCACUGAAUGAGUUAGAGGCAGAGCAAAUGAUGGAGGCAGAUAAAGAUGGAGAUGGAAGCUUCGAUUAUGAAGAAUUUGUGAACAUGAUGACUGGAGGCUCCGUCAAGAUGAGCUAAGUGAAUCAAAGAAGGCAAACAUGAAUAGGCAACAUUAUAUUGGUCAGGGUUGACAGUGUAGGUUACUGUUAUGAACAUCACGCUUCACUGUUUUUGAUCAUGCAUGUUGAUAAAACAAGACAAUUGCUUUCAAUGUUGGUCUUGAAGCAUGCAGAUGUUUAUAUUUUAAUUCAUAUAAAGAUGUGGCUAUUACUACCUUGUAUGCUGACUGAUUGACUUUUGAUGUAAAUAUAGUAAUUCAUAUGUAUGAUUUCUUAAAAUGACAACAACAAAACAUCUGUACAACCUUAAGGUACUUACUAUAUGAAUGAAAAGGGCUUGAGUGAAAGCACCUUGGCCUCACUGAGAAUCUCCAGUCCCUUGCCUUUUUAGAGGAUAUUCAUCAAAGGGUUACAUUUCCAAGGCCAGCCACCCCCUCUGCCUGAUAGCAUCUGGUCUGCCCAACCAAUAAAUCCCAUUCUCAUCCCUAAAGCCAGAUGGACAGCUCGGCGAGCCAACGGUAGCUGCCGCUUACACCCCAUCCGACCUAUCACAGGAGGGAUGGGGGCUUUGGAUCACAGGGCUAUGGUUGCAGAAUCCCUGGAGCUUCUACUGUUAUAUGAAACACAACAAGGGGCAAGGUAGGGGAACAGGUCUAAGGAAGCAAGGAGAGAUCGACAGAGAAUCCUUUGGAAGCAGCCAGGGGUUGGGUUGCUUUGUAUGGAGUGGAGCUGCGGUGAAAACGAGUGUGUUUCCCAUGUAAACAGCCCCUCAGUCAGUGGAGCAGCUGCCUGCGUUACUGCUGAGGAGCUGGGAGAAGCAGAAGAGGAGGAGGUGUAGAGAGGGGGAAACGUUCCUUCUCCUUAAGAUAUUACGCCUCCUCUAUCUUGUUGCCUCCUAAGGCUCCUUUUAAUUUGAAUUUAAAAAAAUAGUGCUUCUCCUACCACAUCGACGAAAGGUUCUGCCUGUAGAGUGUGUUCUGGUGUGCUCAAUGCAUUCCCAAAGCUUCAGUAUACCUCAGUCCAGAGAGAGAGACAACCUGUGGCUGUUGUGACACACAUGGGUGACUGAGAUACAGAAAAGAGACACAUUGAGACACCCACAGCAGUGGAACACAACAAGACAGCUCUCUACAUUCCUCGGUUGCUUCAUCUCAGCUGAAACCAUGGAUUCGACCAUGGCCAAAACCACCGCUAGCUUUCUCUCCACUGUCUCCAGCAUGACCCCCACCUCCAUGACCUCCCUCCUCGCCGUUACCACGGACGCAAGGAUGGAACGGGACAAUGUCACCGCAUCCAGAACAACACUCAUGACCAGUACCAUUACUAUAACAACAACCAACGAGACAAGCUACAACGCCACCAAGCUGCCAGAGGUGGCGUUAGAAGGCCCGGGGAUGGGCAUGGUGCUGGUGCCCUUUGGCAUCAUCACUGUAAUUGGCCUGGCAUUGGUCAUGAUGUUGUAUAUCAGGAAACGGAAGAGACUGGAGAAGCUGAGGCACCAGCUGAUGCCUAUGUAUAACUUUGACCCGGCAGAGGAACAGGAUGACCUGGAACAGGAACUACUGGACCACAACCGGGACGGAAACCUCACAGGAUCCAAUAACAAGACUCUCACGACCUCCCAGGGGACGACGCAGAGGCCCAGUCGCCUGGUCUUCACAGACGUAGCCAACGUUCUCAAUGCAUAACAGCACUCUUCCAUGCAUGAGAGGGGACUGGGGGGACUGGGGACUAGCUGUCCCAUCAUAGAGAUCUGUCGCUCAGGAAAAAAAAAAGAAGGAAAACUGGAUUGAAGGCCAUAGAAUCAGACUGAUGUUUGGUGUAUGUUUUUUUUCAGGGUGGGCUAUAAGAGAAUUCUAAUGUUUUAGUUGUGGCGUAGUCUUAUUUUCAUUGUCUACAGUUUAUAACUUGUCGUCAGUGACUGAGUUGGGAAUUAUGGGGAAAGGAUGCGAGUAAUGAUUUUGCACUGGUUGUUAUUGGUUGCACAAAUACUUCCAAGUGUGGUGCAUUGUGGGAUCGCUGUCUUUCUCUGCAGUUCUAGUGAUAUUGGUGGCAGAAUUGCUGGAGCUCCCACCUCGUUCUCUAAUGAGAACGUUGUCUCGAAUGUAUUAUUUAUUUUCCACACGUUUGUAUUUUGCUGCUAAAUGUAGACAACCACAUUGGACAAGUGACUCCCUAUAAAACGGGUUAUGCUCAAUGUUGAACUGCUUCCAUAAGGGUGGUGGAUUAGAGACCUGGACGUUCUGCACAUUGGAAAACUAGAACACAACAUCAGGAGAUCUGGAGAACUAUUACUGCUGCAGGACAAUGCCUGGGGAACUGUAACCCACCUAGUGUACACUACUAUACUGUAAUGUACCCACACACACAUCCAAAAUGUGUCCUUCAGCACUUACGCCUCUAUGGGGACUCUCCAUUUGCCAUCAGAGUAUUACUAGUAGUGUGUUUCCUCGUUAACAAGUAAAGCAGCUGCAUUGGUUUCUAUACACUAAAACAGAGUAUCUAAACCACAGUAUUUUGACAACCACUUAUUGUGCUACAAUUGUUUGAUGAACACAUGACAAACAAACAUAUGUGAACCUUUUUAUUGGUAACAGAAAGACCAAGUAGCACCUCUAUACUCAUGCAAACACACAAUGAAGCGAGACUGAUCAGAGUCAAAUUAGAAAACAGCCAUUUGAGUUGCGUAUUCAAGUUCAAAUGGAUUGAAAUCUAAAAUAAAUCAAAACAAUAUAUGAAAGACUAAAAUAAAAAGGGAGACCUUUUCAUCGAUCGCAAACACAAAAAAGAUUAAAACUGGAGAUGUUACAAGAUAAGAGAACCUAACUACUCUAUUCAAUAUUUAAAAACCCUCAUACAAUAAAGCAUAACAGCAAGUACAUGAAAUAAACUCCUAAAAUGUUUAUACUGAAUAUAUCAAUAUCAGUCAGCUCAUUUAGAGCAACACUGUGAUUAAAAUAUAGAUAGUGGCUAUCCUGACAUUGCUGAGGUAUGACUGUGGUUUGGUUAGGAGGCACUCUUACUGACGUACAGUACUUUGGGUUUAUUUACCUAAGGAUGUAGGAUCUUCAUUUGAUCCAGUUUGCUACAGCAGAAACAUAAUCCUGCAGCAACAAGAAAUGUGAAUUAUUAUGUGGAUUACAUUUUUGUAAGGUUUGAUACAUUUUUCAUUGGGGCAAAUCAAGUCUGAAAUUUCAAAGUGGAAUUCACAACCUUAAGAAGCCUUUUUCAAUCUCAUAUACUACAAGUUUGCAUUUCCUGCAGUGCAAGGAAAAAUCUCAGCAACAAAAAUGUGAUCAAAUUAAGAUCCUACAUCUGUAUACAGUAUGCUGAAAAGGACAACGUGAGAUGAGUGGACCUCUGAUAUAGUUGUUCCAUAGCUAUGGUAAAGAUUGCAGGGGACAAGCAAAAGCUAAAAACCAGCCAGUCACCCCUCUGAGGGCCAAAGCAGACUAGUUUCAGAGGUAGUCCACAGCGCAAACAGUGAUGCCAUCCAAAGAGGUGAAGUAUCAAGAGAAAAAGUCUAGGUUGGAAAAGACUCACAGGCAUACUAACUUGCAAUUGACAGAAAACUAAACGCUUGAACUUUCCCUAGAAAAAGAUUGCACGUGGAUAAGUCCACGCACUCCAGAAAUACAUUACAGUAAGAUCCAAAACAAAGUGUUAACUCACUAUUUCACGUCACUUCACUGACAUCAAUUCAACUAAUGUUAGGAUUGUUAAUGCAACACAUCUGUAGUGUGAAAGUGAAAGCUUGAAAUUAAAUAAUGAUCGCAUGGUAUCUUACGUAAAAAGUGAAGAGAGGGAAAAAUGUAAGGGCUCACAGAGGUCGUGAUAAAAAAAAAUUUGUUUUUAGGUAAUGAGUAAGUAACCAACUACAGUAAACAGUAAAAUAUUGGGUCAUUUUGAACCCAGGUAGAUAGACCAAGGCCUCGAUUCAAUCAGAUCGAGUGUUAACCCACGUUAGCUGACAUCCGCAUAGGGGAUGUUUUGGCAGUGUUAGAGGUCCAGUAUUACUACGGUAGGAGCUAACUAAUCAUGUGUGUCACCAACCCUUCCCUUCCUUAUUAUCCCUAUCCCUGCGUUAGCCCAAAAAGGCGAUAGAAAGUGUAGGCUCUAUCCAUGAUAGAAAUGAUCAAGCCGGGUGUGGUUUCGUUCCAUCUAAUGGCAGUGUCCGUGAUAAGGUAACUCAGGGAGCCGCUUGUGGAUUUGACAGCUCCAACGCAGUUCCCCCUCCAAAAACAACCGCUAUGUGAAUGUAGCACGGAUCUGAUAGAAUCUAGACCCAAGUCUUAUCUCAGAUAUUUCAUCAGAGCAUUACCACUAAAGGCUGCUGCUGGGACCCGCUUAAAGAGUCAGUCAGCAUGGAAGUGGAAGUGAGAGUGUGAGGCUAGUGGGUACAGUGUGUAUGGGAUUGUCCUGAGUAGGUGUGUGUGUGUGUAUGUGUGUGUGUGUGUGUGUGUGUCUUUGUUUUUGUUUU